AUGUCAAAUACAAAGUCACAAGUAUUAUCACAUUCAAGAUUACCAUUAAAUGUAUUGGAUCAUUUUUUAAAUAUAUGUGGAGCGGGUGUUACAACGGCGACAACAACCGUUUCUUCAACUCCACGCGAUUUCAAUAUUAAAGAACAACUUGCAGUCUAUAUUGUCAAUCAUAAGAAUAUACCCGAUCUUCAAUCAUUCUGGAAACGACAUGAACUAUUAUUACCGAAUUUAGCAAGAUUGGUGAAACGAUAUUCAUGCAUACAACCGUCAUCAGUGUCCAGCGAAUCGGCAAUUUCUGUCGCCGGAUUUAUUAACAGAAAAACACGUUCAUUAGCUCCUGAUGCACUACGAUAUUCAACGUUUCUAAAAAGCAUUUAUGAGUCGACAACAGAACCACAACAGUGA